UAAAAAAUAGACUUCCGAACGGAAAAUACAACAAAACGCACAGACGGCCCAUCCUCUGUAAAAUAUAUAUAUAUCUCUAUAUAUAUAUAUAUAUAAAAUUCAACAAUUAUUAAUUCUCACCAACUUCCCCAUCCACUUAAAACUACUUUGCUUAUUUGACCCACCUACCAAACCUCCCUCUCUUUCUCUCAAAAUUCUUUGUUUUUAUACAUUGUCCCCGCUUUGAUUCAUCAAUCUUCACCUGUUUUUGAUCCUUUCUUCAAGACCCUUUUUCAGGCCUUGAAGAGUUGGGGUGGACUUGAUCUUUUGCCCUAUUCUCAAACAUCAGUGUCCUCAAUAUAAUUUAACUAAUAAUGGGCAGUGAAACAAAAGUUUACACUUUGGCUGAAGUGUCCCAGCACAAUCACUCCAAGGACUGCUGGCUCAUCAUCGGCGGCAAGGUAAGCAGUUUUUAAAUCAUGGGUUCUUCGUAAGUAUUGGAAUUAUGAUGCGGGUCUUUGCCUAUUAAUGUUUUAGAUCUGUCAAAGACUCAGUUUUUUUUUUUCUUUUUUUUUUUUGAAUUUUAGUUUGUUUGGAUUACCUCGAAGACGUUGCCUGUACUACUUAGUGAUGGAAUCUUUCGGAUGUUUUUAUGAAUUCUGUGGUGUUUAAUUUUUUUUAGGGGGUGAUCCACUGAUCCUGGUUUACCACUGAUGCAAUUUCUCUCAUGAUUUUGAAGAAGGGUUUUUCGUUUUGUUUGUUUUAUUUUUUGCCUGAUGAGUUUAGAGGGGUCGCAAUGUUCUAGUGGAGUUGUUACUCCUUGAUUGAUCUGAUCCGAGUUGAUCCGAGUUGAGAUCCUCUCGUCAAUAUUUAUUUUUCAUCAGAAGGGAAUUGGGAUUACACCAUUCCAGUAUCGGGAUUGGCGAUGUUUAUUAGGUAGGUGAGUUUCUUGGGCUUCUCGGGUAUAACAUUGUAAAUGUCCAUGAAUUCUGGACAUGCAAUCUGAUCUUCAUAUCUUGUAAGCAUGGUAACACAAUGGUGUGUUUCUCAAUGAGAAAAUGGGAAUGGCAGUUUACCUAACUUCCCGAUGUGCUUGUAACUGAUAAAAGUGUCUUCUAAUUGCUGCUGGAAUCUGGCACACUCAAGUCCACUAAACCACUGCAAAUAUGUUUUUGAACUUCUUUUGUUAAUCCACUUUUUUGCUACUGGUGGUAGAUAACAGGAGUUCAAUUGCAGGGUGGACUAAAAUGUAGCUAAUUGUCAGGACAUCUGUGGUCAAGGGUUGAAUCUGUGAGAAUGUUAUUGGAAAUAUUGUUGAGGUCUAAUAAGUGAUAUAGAGAAAUUUAUAUCACUGCCUGAGGAAAGCAAGCAGAAUUCAUAAAACUGGAGUAUGGCCAUGUGGCAACACCUUAUAUCCAUCUUGAGUAAAAUGCUAUCCUCGCUUAUUAUUGUGAAAUGCAUCAGUAGUUGAAAGUAGUCAUUGUUCUCCCUCAUAUUUGUUGUUUGCUGAACGAAGAUUUGGAGUCAUCUCCAGCUUUUUGGUAUCUUGAAAAAAGGUUAACUAUGCAGCAUUGUGCACCACUUGACCUGUUAGUUUUCCUGGAAUAUAUGUGUAUAGUAUAGCUUGAAGUUCCUUGAAACAACUUCCAGGGGAGUCCUGUCUGUAUAUAAUUGUAGUCCUUUCUUGAUCAAAGCUGUAAAUGACAUGCCUGCUUUACUAUUUCAACAGGUGUAUGAUGUGACGAAGUUUUUGGAAGACCACCCUGGAGGAGAUGAGGUUUUGUUGUCUGCAACAGGGAAGGAUGCAACCGAUGAUUUUGAGGAUGUUGGCCACAGCACCAGUGCAAGAGCAACCAUGGAUGAGUUAUACGUUGGCGACAUUGAUACCUCAACCAUCCCUACCAAAACCAAGUACACUCCACCUAAGCAGCCUCAAUACAACCAGGAUAAGACAUCCGAGUUUGUUAUCAAGCUCCUUCAGUUCUUGGUUCCUCUGAUCAUAUUGGGUGUGGCUGUUGGUAUCCGCUUCUAUACCAAAUCGGCAUCAGCUUGAAAAAGUGAUUGUUUUAGGACAUCAACAAUAAACAUUAUGGUAGUGAAAGCCCGAGAGAAAACCAAUCUUCAACCGUCUUUCUUCAUAUAUGCUUAUGGGAUGUCUAGUUUGUUAGAUUUCAGUUGGGAGGGUACGAGGUUUCAACGCUACGGUGUUACUUUUAUAUGUUACCAUUUGGAUUUUAUAAUUAUUAUUAUUUUUUACCCUGGGUUGCAUCAUUUCAUUUUCCGGAUUUAUUUUGUUAAUUUCUCCUGAAGCUUGCGGUGUUCCUUCCUUUAUUUAUUUUCUGUCCGUAAUAUGUUCGCCUUCCUGUAGGAAAAUAUUAAUGUGGUUUUGGGUUCAACAACCUAACUUUAUAUUCAUCAAGAAGUUUUGGUGAGACUUGAGAGUGAGGAGGUAAAAGCUCAUCAAUCCUUACCUAACUGGCUAAUACUGUCGUACUCAGCUAAGGUACCAAGAAG